AUGCCACCCAACUGCCUCCCUCACCUCGGUAAGCAAGUCGCCAAGUCCAUCCAGCGGCCCGCCCAGGUGCGACACCAGCGUGCCCCAAGCUCGGCCCGCUCAGGUGAACCGUCCGCUGGUAUAUUUAGCACCCGCGCAUCCAUGGACCCUUUCCUUCUUGAUCCCUUCUUUAGCUUCAGUGAUUCAGCUGCCGUGAUCGCGCAGCGUCUGAGGUGCUCCGAAGUGUGGUGCCAACCGCCAAGCGCUGGCAGGGCGGGACGGGGACUUACACGCCUUUGGCGGGCCGGGCGAGAUUCGCUGCGUCGGCGAGCUGAACUACGCAUGCUGCUGAAGGGCGCUGAAGCGGAGAGAGGCAGAUGCUGA